UGCAGCGGUUUUUUUUUUAACGGCUUUGAGGAAAAUAUGAUUAUAAUACAAUAUAGACUUUAAUGCUACUCGUAUGUGUGAUUUUUUAUAAUACCGUAAAUAGGAAUUUCGUGAAUGUGUAUCGCUCGUCUCAACCGACAUUAUGGCCGACCGCCGGUGCGACAACAACGUAGAAAGGGCCAAACGAUUGAAAUUGGCCCGGGCAUUAUGCACGGCCAUGUCUGGAGACGGUGACAUAAGGCAAGUUGUCACGCUGCUGAACGAAGAUAAAGCCGAUCCAAACACGAUUGUGCCGGAGCUAUGUAUGACGCCGUUUCAUAUAGCCGCCGGCCACGAAAAUGUAGCUUUCGGCAAGAUAGCCUCGUCGCUUAUCCUUCACUGCGGAGGUGAUCCUAACAAAAAAUGUUGUGACGGCGGCCAAACAGUGCUGCACGUCGCCGUUGCUUGGAACCGUUGGCAUGUAGUCCAAGCGUUGUUGAAAGGGCCAUAUAUAACGGCCGAUCCCCGAAUAAAGGAUGACGAUGGUUUGACAGCAUUUGAUUACGCCAUAAAGUUUAGUGCUUGGGAAUCGCUGGCCGAACUUCGUUCUCAAAAUGAAAAAAAUCUAGCAUCAAACCAAAAUCGCUAUGGUACGACAAAUUUAAACGAUUACACUAUGAACAGCUCAAAUGACGCUUAUGGUGACGGCCCAUCCAUAGUGCAGCCCGACAAUUACCGUAAGACCAACAUGUCGAGCUUUAGCGGUUACAGCGGCAGUGAAAGUUCAUUAGACAGCAGUAGUAGCGUGGUAGCUAAAACAAAUGCUGUUGACAGUGAUUGUAUAGAUCAAUCGGCACACAUAGAUUCCUUCGCAAGAUCACUGGAACUAUCUUCGAUACACAAGGCGACCGAAGAAGAUAUCCUGAACAAAAACAUUACCUCAGAACUGUCCGAAAUGUAUCGCCACGACGACUCAAAACGACUGAUGGCUAAUUCGCUGUCGAUAAGGUCUAUGCUAGGCAAUGAUUGUUUGAUUGAAGACUACAGUUGCCCAUUAAUGGACACAUAUUGCGAUUCCAAAUUUGGUAUAUCGUUUUUGGACGCCUACAGCGACCCGUUUAAAGACGACAGUGUUCAGAACGAACCAAAAUCAACAAACUAUGAUUGGAUGAUGACAGACGUUUCGGGUUUGUCAAGUCUUGCCACGGACAGUGGUGAUGAAUACUACACUUGCCCGGAAAAAAAUAGCUUAGAUAAUUCCAAAACGAGUAGCAGUCAAUCGAUCGAUGCCAUCAACAACGCCAUAGCUCAAAUGAGCAUCGACGGCUAUUCCACUUCGAGGUUCAUAUCAAAAAUAUCGACUGGAGCAAAUUCGAUACAAGUUACAAAUCUGAGUUUCGAGUCAUCGAACGACAGUAGUAGCUUAACGGAGGUAACAGACGAUUGUGACACCGACGACCUGCGUCAAAGUCUCAGGAGACUUGGUAACGCCCCGGGACCAAUACCAAACGCCGGCACUAAACGUUUGUACUUAAGGCAUCUAAAACGGUUACUGAACAAUGUGCAGGAACCCAAACAAGAUUUGCAAGCGCCUGUUGUCGAUGACUUUCUCGACGGGUCGUAUAGUAAUCAGUUGACCGAAGUGUUGACGGCUCAGAGUACGUGGAAAUCUCAAAUCACAGAAUGGAGCGGUUUAGAAGACAAAAUAGUCUGCGACAAAAGCGGAUCUUCAUUUACAUACUUGCUUUUGGAUCCCAGAGUGACCAAGAAUUUGCCCGGUCGAGCUGACAGCAUCGACCAACCCAUCGACGUAUGGCGCACGUUUGUCAAAUCUAUUUUCUAUGUGGGCAAAGGCACCAACUCUAGGCCUAACGAUCACAUGCGAGAAGCGUUCAACGAAUGGGUGGGAGCCAGUGUUACGGUCAAGAACUCUUCUGGCCGAAAAAUUCAAUACAUUUUGGACGUGUGGCGCGAAAACAAGGGCGUAGUUUGCGUACAAGCAUUUCAUCAUUUAACGCCGAAAGAGGCUCAUAUCCGCGAAGCCGCCAUGAUUGACGCUAUGGGCCUUGACAAGUUGACAAAUGAGAAACGCGGCACUUACUACGAUCAAACGACUCGCUGGAGAGGUAGUGAUAAGUGCAAACUGGGCUGUUACCUAUUGUACCGUGCGAUGCUCGUUUUCUUAGCCGACGGCGAACGACAGUUGCGACCGGUUGAUUUGACGUAAAACAAAUUUAACAAUAUUUUGACUUUUGUUUAUCCUUUAUGACACCAAAGAUUUUUUGUAGUUUAUUAGCUUGUAGUCUAGUCUUACCGCAAGAGGUAAAAUAAUUAAAAAAAUGUUUUCCAAUAUUAACGUUCCUUUUUAAAGUUAUUACGGUAAACACUUUUUAUUUACACGGACUGAUAAAUUAUUAACUGUUACAUAUUUUUAAAUGUUUAACAUUAUUCCUA